AUGGCUGUGAAAGUUUUCGUUACUGGGGCCACUGGCUAUAUCGCUGGUGAUGCCAUCCACCAUAUUUAUGAGAAACAUCCAGAAUACGAGUACACUCUCCUGAUCCGCACACGAGAAAAAGCGGAUAUUGUUAAGAAAGCCUUGCCCAAAGUCAACAUUGUCAUUGGCGACCUGGAGAACUCUUCUCUGCUUGAGCAACAAGCUUCUGAAGCGGACGUCGUCCUGCACGCUGCCGACGCCUCAGACCACGAAGGCGCAGCCAAAGCCAUCGCAGCUGGACUAGUGAAAGGCCACACCAAGGAGAACCCAGGUUUCUGGCUUCACACCGGCGGCAGUGGCAUACUGACGUACAAAGAUGCCGAAGAAGAUCGUCUGGGAGAACAUGACGAUAAGGAGUAUAACGACUGGAGUGGCGUGGAAGAGCUCACACACUUACCGGAUAGUGCUUUCCAUCGAAAUGUCGACAAGAUCGUGCUGGAGACCGCUGAGAAGCACGGGGACGUAGUGAAGACUGCGCUGUUGUGUCCGCCUACUAUCUAUGGCAAAGAGAGAGGCCCAGCUUCCGACCGCGGACGACAAGUCUACGAGAUGACCAAAUUGAUGCUGACCUCCAAGUAUAUUCCCGUCGUAGGAUCAGGCAAAGCUCGCUGGAACCACAUCCACGUCGCAGACCUAGCAGAACUUUUCCUCCUUCUCACCAAAGCCGCCGCCGCAAAGCGACUCGACGAGGAGAUCUGGGGUCCAAAAGGCUACUACCUGGUCGAAAAUGGGGAGCACGUCUGGACGGAGCUGGCGGAGAAGAUCGCCCACGAGGCCGAGAAGGCCGGGUUUGUGGGGAAGUUGGAGAAGCAGGAUCUUUCGAAGCAGGCGGCGCUGGAUCAGGCUGGGUUCGAGGCUGUGAGUUGGGGUCUGAACUCUCGAGGCAAGGCCGAGAGGGCGAGGAAGGUGCUGGGGUGUGAACCAACGAGGCCUUCGAUCUUCGAGGACAGUGUCAAUAUCGUGAAGGAGGAGCACGAACGUCUUAGUGUCAAGGUAUAA